AUGCCAUCGACACCAUUCAUCUAUUGGGUUCUAUUAUCAGCAUGGUGUAUACUCCAAUGUCAAGCAGCCAAUCCCAUAUUCUUUUGUAAAUGCUUUUGCGGUUCCAACAGCACCAUUUUUGAAGUCCCUGUACUCGAUUCCAAACCCUGCAGCAACUGCACCAAGCAAUUCUGCCUCGACAAUGUACAAGACGGCUUGUGCGAUGGUAUCGCCGAUGAGACGUGUCCAAGUAACGACUUUAGAACGUCAUGCUUUGCGCGUGAUUCAUACAAGGAUGAAGCUAUAGUAUGUACCUUUCUUGUUCUCACAGGUGGGCUGGUCGUCUCUGCUGCAUUGAAACCAUAUUACAAGCGCUGGCGCUCGGAACGUGCCGGUUACAUGAGAACCGCUAGUCGUGAUCAUUAA